AUGCUGUUAUUCGGGUUUGGCCGGUUAAUAUAUGUUACGGUUCUACUGAUCAACGCCGUGUGUGUCCUGUCCGAGGACCGAUUUCUUGCCAGAAUCGGAUGGGGUCGCUCACAGCCAGAGCCAGGGUUUGGCUCGAGUUAUGACAACUCAAGCGUCAAGGCCAAGACGGUCAAUCUGAUUACCAGUGUCCGCACUGUGAUGCGAAUACCGCUUAUUUUAAUUAACGCGGUCAUCAUCAUAUACGAACUGAUCCUGGGAUGA